GGGUCAUAAGAGGGUUACGUUGCAGGGAUGACCUUAAGGUAGGCCGCAUGUUCGGCUACAAAACAUGUGUCUCUAGUGCAAUUUAUAUUUGAGUUUCAUUUCUGCCCCACGUUUCUAUUUUAUAAUUAUUGUAACCACAAAAAUAAUAAGAGGAGUUUCAUUGCACUCAGUUUUUUUAGGGGCGACGAAUCACACUGCUUGAAUUUCCAUGAUAGUAUCAAUGUAAAAUGUGAUCUAAAAAAGCUCUCUCUGUUCAGAUCUAUGUUUUGUGUUUUAUAUCUUUCCUGUAGAACGUUUCUAUUCAGUCGACAUAUACAAUGUCUUCCUUGCAAAAGCUCCCUUUUAUGUCAGCGAUAUUGUUGUUCAAAUUCAAAUUUAUCAGACCAAGAUCCUAUUCCUGAUCCAGAAAAAUUGACAAAGUUUUUUAAAAAGGCUGAAUCCUCAAUAACUGAGGAUAAGGAAUUCUCUGAUAAUAGCCAAAAUUCAUUACCCGAUACCAUUGAUGAUUCAAAAUCCGUUGUUAAUCCAUCUCCGACUUCUAACCUUCAAAAGCAUUCUGGCGAAAAGAAUGAGUCCGAAGAGAAACGAACUGUAUCUGCAUUUUCAUUCGUUCCUUGGACAAUGAGUUCAUUUCUAAAGGAGAUGAAUAUUUCUAAGUUACUUUCUGGACAUCCAAAAGGCCCAGAGAAGUCUUUUGCUACCUUGUUGCGUUAUAGCCCGUUCAUUCAGCUGGGAGAUUUUAAAUCUCGUGAGUUAAUUGGCGUUGUGAUUGACAAUGUCAAUGACACUGAUCUUUACAUAGAUUUUGGUGGAAAAUUUCAUUGUGUUUGUCCUCAACCGGCUAGUCAAUUUUAUCCACGUGGUAGCUUAGUACGUAUACGUUUGAAAAGCCCUGAAUUAACAGACAAAUUUAUGAUUAACACUAAAGGAGUGUCAAUUUUUGAAGCGGAUGCUACACUUUUAGGACCGUAUAGAGGUCGACUUGUUAAGAGUAUAUCUGAAGAAGAGAAAAUGAUUACAACAACAACCAGUGGAGAUGGUAGUAAAAAACAACGUCCAGCUACAGAUGAAGACAAUGUAGCCUUGGAAUAUUGGCAUCUCAAAUAAUUAUAUUUAUUAUGUAAUAAUAUAUUUUUUUCCAAUUCUGUAUAUAACGUGUUCUCUAGACGAAGUUAGUUAAUCAUGUAAUCUAACUAUUGCAUAAAUAAAUUUAAACUAGCUACUCUUUGACAAGAUUUCAUUUUUCUCUUUAAUUCUAUCAUUUUGUUUGAA